GGAUUAUAUGUGUUUUUCUUAACAUGUCUCCUGUCUGUCUUUGCCUUUUUGAAUCUAGAAGAAUUAAACGAAAUGAAAUAUGACAUACAGAUUCUCCCCGAUCCUGUUAUCAUGGGACAGAUGGAAGAUGUAAUGUUGGUCUCUAACAAAUACAAGCAGCUGUAUGAGUGUCGUUUACCAGCUCAGGCAGUGCGUUUCCAUCAGGACCCGGUGUCAGAGCCUGAUGUGCAGGGUUACAGCGGCCCCGGGGUCCCUGAGCUCCUCAAGCCCAUGCAGACGGCAGCAUGUCUGAUUAAGACCAAAGACUGGUGGACCUAUGAGUUCUGCUACGGCCAGCACAUCAGACAAUACCACUUAGAAGAUUCGGAGAUCAAAGGAGAUGUACUGUUUCUGGGAUAUUAUGAUACAGAGUUUGACUGGACGAAUGAAACUGCAAAGGCAUCUAAGCAGCAUAAGCUGAAGAGGUAUCACAGUCAGUCAUAUGUCAAUGGCUCAAAAUGUGACUUAAACGGCAGUCCCAGAGAGACGGAAGUCAGAUUUGUGUGUGAGGAAGGCUCUACUGACUUCAUUUCACGGGUGGAUGAACCCCAGUCUUGCCGCUACGUCUUGACAGUCCACACCUCUCGCACGUGCCAGCAUCCCCUUCUGCGCCCACCGUCCACUGCCAAACCACAAGGCAUUGUGUGCCAACCUGCUCUCAGUGCCCAGCAGUACAUGGACUACGUCAAGGCUCAAGUCUCUGACACCAAACGUAAAGUGGAGCAGAUCUCAGAGGAGCUCAGAAACCUGGAUGAAAUUCUGUCCAAGGAUGACAAGAACAAAGGUGUGCUGGAUGACAGAACAGAUGAGGAACCUGCAGUUAGCUCAGACGAGCCUCCAGUUUCCGAGGCCCAAACAAAAGAGGGUGAAGUUGCUGAGAAGUCGACGAGUGAAGAGCCAGAGGACAAAGACUUCUGGGAAGGAGUUACCAAACCAGCACACACAAAGCCAAGCACACCUGACACAGAGACCCCUCAGGACCCACAGGACAACCAAUUACAUGAAAAUGAUUUAUUUGGAGAGGAAAAGUUUAACUUUAAAAUCAUCACAGACCCCGCAGACCUCAUGAAGUUUGUACAACACCUCAGAGAGAGCAACGAAAAGAACAGGAAAGCUGAGCUGGAAAAAGAAAACCAGCAAGCAUCUCAGAAGAGGAAGGAGAAGGAGGAAAAAAUAGAGGAGAAAACAGCAGAGGUGGAGGUGGAAGUUGAGGAUGUAGAUGAAGAUGAAACAUUGCUUCAGGAGUUUGAGGAUGAGAUGCAAGAUCUAUCCGUUCCCUCGUCCAAGAUAGAAGAAAUAAAAGAAGAGAUGCAGAAAGAGUUUGACAACAUCAUAGAGGAAGCUCAGCAGGAGUUAGAAAAUGAAGGCCUUAAGGGUGAGUUUGAUCGUUCUCAGGCUACGCAAACUCUAGAAAAUACACUAGGGAAACUUCUGGACCGUCUUGAAGACAAGACUGAACAUGAGAGUCAAGCAGAAACAGAACAAAAUGCAGAAAUGGAUAAAAGCACACAUUCACCGCAUAAAACAGAGGGAGGCUCUUCUUCUGGCAACCCAAAUCUGGUUCCCAAAACACCAGCGGACAGCAGCGGCGGCGGCGAGCAGGUAAAAGUCAGGGUGACUAAGUAUAAGGUGGGCGGAGGUGUGGCUGCAGGAGCGGUUACCGGGGGCAACGAUGAUGGUGAUGAUGAUGAGGGGGGUGUGAAGGUGCAGGAACUGGGCGAGGGCGACCCCCAGUGGCAGCAGAUUCAUGAAGUGGUCAAAGAGCAGCUAGAGAGAGCCGGCAUCAAGGCCGAAGGAAAGAUCGAGGUGAAGAUUUUAACCCGUAAAACAGCCGAAGAAGCAGGAGACCAGUGGCUCUCUGAGGAGGAUACGAAAUCAUUUAGAGAGCUUCUCAUCAACCUUCUGACAGGAGGAACAGAGGAGGUGUACAAAGAGCAGAAAAGACAGCAAGAGUUGGAAAACAAUUACAAAUUUGUCUGGGGAGAAAAGCAGGAUGAGAGUCAGUCCACAGGAAACAGUGAUUCUGACGAAGCAGACUUUUGAGCCUUUUCCUCAUCUCUCAAGCACUGUUAUUUUGAAGAAGGCCAGCCAGCAUUCUCUGAACUAUAAGCCUGGUAAUCACUUUACAGUGUGCGUCGCAACCAAACUGCCCUCUCAGACCAUUCGAGUUCAUGUUUAAAAACUUUUGAGGGCUUCAAUCCACUGCCGGGAAUUUUUUCUGUAUGAGCGUCUGUGAGUUGUUUGUAGCUUGUCAGAAUAUUAUGUGGUCGCUUCUUUGAACAAAUAUACAAAUGCACUUCA